UUGUGGACCAAUGCGAGCGACUAUUUCGGUAAUAACGCGCGACUAAGCAAAUGGUAUCUGGAUUUAGGGUUUGGAAAGUUGCGGCAACCGGUGGAUCAUUACGAUUGGCGAGACCUGAGCGGCGUGGCAGUGGUGAACGCCUAUUACCAUCAGCUCAAGAACCUGGUGGUCAUGCCGGCCGGUAUACUUCAGGGAGUCUUUUUCCAUAAGGAUCGACCCAAACCCAACCCUAAUUAUACCCUUCAAUUACCCCUCAAAAGUUACCUAAACUACGGGUCCAUAGCCUACGUGUCGGGCCAUGAGAUCAUACACGGCUUCGACGACGGGGGCCGACAGUACGACCAGAAGGGAAACCUGAGGAACUGGUGGGACGCGAGCACCGACACCCUAUACAAGCAAAAGGCCGACUGCUUUAUCAACCAAUACGCCAACUUCACGGUCAAGGAAGUGGGCCAACACUUGAAUGGCAUCAACACUCAGGGGGAGAACAUCGCCGAUAAUGGAGGGGUCAUCCAGUCGUAUAGGGCGUAUCAAAAUUAUGUGCGCAAAAAUGGUGUGGAGUUACCGCUACCGGCGCUCAACCUGAGCCCCGACCAACUGUUUUGGGUGAGCUCUGCCGUACAGUACUGUUCCAAAGCCACCGACCAGUAUCUGGCGCUACAGGUGAUGACCGAUAGCCACAGCCCCAGUAGGCAGAGAGUGAAUGGAGUGGUAUCUAAUUCCGAGGACUUCUCCCGAUUAUUCAACUGCCCAUUGGGUGCGCCUAUGAAUCCGGUGGACAAUGAAAACUGGUCCCAAACCCUCUGA